AUGGCCUGCUCGUUGAGAAAGCUAUAUUCACAAUCACUCUACAGGAACUAUCGGCCUCGUUCGGUUCCACAGUCCGUGCCUAUUUUCUCCCCCCAGAAAGCCAGAACUGUUCGCAACACUGCUACGGUUACUACGAACGCCCAACCGACAAAGCGAUCGAAAUGGGCACGACGGAUUUUCUGGGCAACAUUUUUCGCCAGCUUGGGUUAUUAUACAGGACAGCGGUAUUUACAAGCUUUCAUGUCUCCUGCCGCGCCAGGAACGCCUGAGGAUGCCCGACGGUUGGAAGAGCUUCGGCGUUUGGUCGAAUAUCUGCCGAUUGUCCAGAAAUUAAGGGAAGACCCUCAAUACAAGGAAUGGGAGGCGUACGAAGUCUUUUCGGAAGAACAAAAGAUGCCUAGGUUAACCAGCGGUCCAUUGAAAGGCAGCCGAGGCCUUGCACUUCAGAGGAUAUUCUGGAAUGAAGAAGAAAAGGAAUGUGUUAAUGUCGUCUACUUUGGACAUGGGCUGGAUGGUUGGUUGACAAUUGUCCAUGGAGGACUCCUAGCAACUGUCCUGGACGAAACUCUUGCACGAGUUGUCCCUUCACAUUCCAGAAUCACCGCAAACCUCAAACUCGAUUAUCGUGCCCCUGUUGCUACAGGUGAAUUCUACACAAUACAUACUCGUCUAGAUCCAGACCGCUCUACGGAACGGAAAGCGUUUGUUACCGGAGAAAUCCGCAGCUUGAUGGGCAAGUUAUGCGUCGAAAGCGAAGCUCUAUUUGUUAGGCCCAAGAAACUAGUACUUCGAAAUGUGAAUAGUCAUUUUUAG